CGCUCCUCAAACUCCAAUCAUUUUUCGUUUUGUUCUUUUUACUGUUGUUUGUAUGCUAUGCCAGUAAUCUCUUUAGUUCUUUUCUUCUUAUUUUAUUACUUGCGUUAUUGAUUGUUGAAAGUUGGUUGUUGAAUUUGAGAAAUUUAGCAGGGAUGGCUUUUAAGGUGAAGGGAUUUUCCUUUUUCUUAUGUUGAAAGCGGGAGGAUUACUAAUUUUACACUGAGAGUAAUCAUUUUCUAUGAGACUUGUCUUUGUUGUUUGAUCGUUUCACUUGUUUAUUAGUAGUUUGUUGACUAAAUUUUGAUGGGUUACCGCUAAGAAGUUUAUUGUAUUAAGGUUACUUUCUAAUGUUUUCAGGAAUCUUGAUUAAGCAAAGAUAUAUGGUGUUCAGUACUUUCUUACAUAAGUUAGUUAGGAGAAAGGAGAUGAUCAGUAUAUCUAUGAUUUGAUUAUGCAAAUGGAGUUUAUUGUAUUAAGGUUACUUCAUAGGACAUAUAGAUUAUUAGUGACUUGUGAAAUCAAUUGGUAUUAGCACAAAGUGAAUUUGUCUAAACUUUCUUAUAAGGCUGGUGUCCCCCUUUCUCUACAUUGUUGGUUCCACCAAUAUAUGGGCAGUGCAAUAUAACAAUUGGUUGGGGACUCAAUAAUCUAUUAUGUUAUGUCCAUAAAUUGUUUGAUUGGUAUUAUAGUUAAUGGUAUUAUCUAUGAUUACAUAUGGUUGUAGCUUGAAAUAUCAAUGGUUGUGUUUUGUGAGAUUUUGUAGCAAACUAGAACUUUUAUUAAGAAAAUAGGUUAGGUUGGGACAAGUAGAAUAUGCCAUUGGUUAUAUGGAAGUGAUGUUUUUUCUUGGUGGGGGAAUUAUGUUAUCCAUGAGAAUUGUUGUGACCCUUUACUUGUCCAAUGUUCAUGGAAGUGUUUUGACUCUCCAUUUUUAAAUGGAUUGUAAGAUUGGGGAGAUUUUAUGUUGGGCCUUUUGUGGUUGGACCAACAUAUUGGUUAGCUGAGUUCAAAGUUUGAACUAAACUUAAAAGUAAUGAUUUUUGAGUUCCUGCUUGUGCUUGACAUUUUAGUUUUUUAGCUUAUCCAAACACGAGCCUUCACCACGUUAUAAUUAUCCCUAGAUGAAAGGAUUGUUUGGUCAAUUGGUACCUUAGUUUUAAAAGGCCAUGAGGUGCUAAAGGUCUGUAGACUCUAGAGCCUCUAUGCGCCAAGCAAAGACGCACCCUUUGGGUCUAAAACGCCCUAAAACCGAGGAAAAAUUUAAAACUAAAAAAAAAACACAAAAAAGUUGAAUAAAGGAAAGAAAAAUUAAGAAGAAAAAAUUCACCUUAUAUAUUGUUUUUGAAUUCAAAUAUGUAGUAAUUAAUUGUAUGAGUUGUUAGAGUUAAUUGUGGAGAGAUAAGGUCUAGGGGCAAAAAAGUCAAAAAAGAUGACGACGCAAUGAAAAAGACGACGAUAAAUAACAAUGCCCUCUACUUUUAGAUGAAAAAUCCAUUCUCAUUAGAAUAUUUCAGAAGCCGUUCCGGUUUGUUGAAAUUGUAUAUUUGAUUUUUGGAUAUCUGAAAUUAAUCUUAUUUUCCUGACCAUUCCUUUAAUGAAAAUCAUGGAAAACAAUGGAGUGCUUUUUAGUCUAAGAUGAACCAAAUGAGAAAUUCUUAUUACACUCUCUAUCUCAAUUAAGGCAUUGUUCCCUGUUUACAUUUUCUUCUAUUAGUAGUUUCCUACCCUCAUUGUUGCCUAAUCUGAUAUCAUAAUUUAAGUUUUAUCCUGUGAACCCUACUAUGUGCAAUAUCUACUUGUACCCUUGUUAGUUCUUACUAUCCGAUCUUCUUCAGAUUGGGUCUGGGUCCUUGCAGACUGUUUCACCUUAAUUUGCCUUGGUUUUACCUAUUUUGGUGGAAAAGCAGCUUUUAUAUGUUUCAUAGUUCAUACAAAAUCUGUUACGCAUUAUUGAUAUGACAUAUUUAUGAUGUAUAUGUAAUUCUGUAUCACAAGUCUCUUGAAGUUUUCUGCAACAGAAGUGUAAACUGCUUGUCCGAUGAGAGCAAAAGCUGAGAGUUGGGGAAAUGAGAAUUUGUUCAUUUGAAUAGCAACUUGGGAAGUAUAAUGGUCUAAGUAUAAUGACUCAUUAAAUCUUGUAUAUUUUUAAUUUAUGUGAAGUUGCACCUAACAUUUGCUACCAAGGAAUAAAGGUAAGGUUGCAUAUUAUCCCAAUGGCGGAAUUAAUGAGGUAUCUAGAUACGGGACAGCCCUCAAUUUUUUUUUUUCAAAAACUAGUUGUAUAGAACAAGAGAAGUUAAAUGAUUUGGUAGAGUAUUGAUUAUGUUAACCAAAACAACCCAUGUACAAUUCUUAUGAAGUAUGCAACAUUUUUAUCCUUUUUUUUCUUUUGGUUUGUGGAAAGUAAGUGCUGGUCCCUGUUGUAAAAUUUUUUUGUUAUCAUUCAACAUUUCACAGAAUUCACUUCCUUAACCUAACGCAGGCCCUUUACCAUCGUCCCUUGCUCUUCCCUAACUCAAUAUUUAACAUUUCGCCUAAGUUUCUGGUGCGGUGACCACCUGAUCGGUGACAACGUGACGCCACUCAGACACUCACCAUUUUCGCCUACUGCUGUGUGCGGCUACGCCUCGUUUUUCUAGUGAUUAGACAAGAUGGUUAUCCUCCCACCAGUAAGACCUCCAAGAAUCACCGAGUUUCUGAAGCCUUACGUGUUAAAAAUGCACUUCACGAACAAAUAUGUUCAUGCUCAAGUCAUCCACUCUCCAACAGCAACUGUAGCUGCUUCUGCAAGCUCACAAGAAAAGGCAUUGAGAUCAACUAUGGCCAUCACUCGGGAUGUUGCAGCUGCGGCAAAAAUUGGAAAAAUUCUUGGCGAGCGCUUGCUGAUUAAGGACAUUCCUGCCGUGACUGUCAUCUUGACGCGAGAACAGAAGUAUCACGGUAAGAUCAAAGCCGUGAUUGAUUCUAUGAAAGAAGCUGGAGUGAAAUUACUAUAGAUUGAAGCAAAAAUAUUUUAUGGGUGAAGUUCAAUAUAAUGCCUCUAGCAGCUCUUCUUUGGAAAGAACAUAUGUUAAUCCCCAGUAAUGAUUUUGUGGGACUUAGGUUUUAGCAUGCUACCUCUUUCCCAUUUUCCGGAAUGCAUUGAAAUGAAGUCAAUGCCGCGUUUGAAAACUCUUGCCAGUUUUCAUUGUGUUGAACGAGGAAAAGAAUUAAAAUUUUUAUUAAACUUGGUGAGCGAUAUUUCUAAGAAUAACGAAGUGUUGUCAAUGUUUCAUCAUUGUUACUCGUCUAUUACCUAGAUUACUGAACUGUUGUCAAAGUUUCAUCAUUGUCACUCGUCGAUGUAUUACAACAGCCGGUGUAGGGUGUGCCUUGAAAUGUCGUCCUCCUUUCCCUUUUACAUUUGGGCAUGUCAUAAAUGGUAUGGUGUUCUCUAGAACCAUGUACGAUUAAAGUUUUCCAAAGUGUGGGAACCACCCGACCAAUAGAGUCGGAUGAUGGAUCAUGGCCAUAUUGUUAUCCAACUUAAACUGGAUAAAUUGAUUUAUAUUCUGGCUUA